UCCCUCCCCCUCCCCGCGGCCGCGCGGCGUCGCUCUCCGGGCAUUUGAACCGCGCUUCCGCCAUCUUCCCAGCGCCCAGUCACUGCGCGGAGCGGCGCUGAGAAGAGCCUCGCGGAAGACCCAGCAUGGCCGCCCAAGGAGAGCCCCAAGUGCAGUUUAAGCUUGUCCUGGUUGGUGAUGGUGGCACUGGUAAAACAACAUUUGUAAAACGUCAUUUGACUGGUGAAUUUGAGAAGAAGUAUGUAGCAACGCUGGGUGUUGAAGUUCAUCCUCUGGUGUUCCAUACUAACAGAGGCCCUAUUAAAUUUAAUGUAUGGGACACAGCUGGCCAGGAGAAGUUUGGUGGUCUGCGAGAUGGCUAUUACAUUCAAGCCCAGUGUGCCAUCAUAAUGUUUGAUGUAACAUCAAGAGUUACUUACAAGAAUGUACCUAACUGGCAUAGAGACCUGGUACGGGUAUGUGAAAACAUCCCUAUAGUGCUCUGCGGCAACAAAGUGGAUAUUAAGGACAGAAAAGUCAAGGCAAAAUCUAUUGUCUUCCACAGGAAGAAGAAUCUCCAGUAUUAUGACAUUUCAGCUAAGAGUAACUACAACUUUGAGAAGCCUUUCCUCUGGCUUGCUAGGAAGCUAAUUGGAGAUCCCAACUUGGAGUUCGUUGCCAUGCCUGCUCUUGCGCCACCUGAAGUUGUUAUGGACCCAGCGCUGGCAGCACAGUAUGAGCAAGACUUACAGAUUGCUCAAACCACUGCACUGCCAGAUGAAGAUGAUGACCUGUGAGGGAUGAAGCUGGAGCCCAGCGUCAGAAGUCUAGUUUUAUAGGCAACUGUCCUGUGAUGUCAGUGGUGCAGCGUGUUUGCCACUUUAUUAUCUAGCUGAGCAGAACAUGUGCUUAAUCUUUGGGAUGCUGAAAGAGAUGAAUGGGCUUCGGAGUGAAUGUGGCAGUUUAAAAAACAAACAAAACAAAACCAAAACUUCAUAUUUUGGACCUGCAUAUUUAGCUGUUUUUUGGACUGCAAUUACUUCCCCUUUUGAGUUUCAAAUAUAAGACUGCUGCAGUCACACAGAGUGUUAAGUGGUAAAUCUUGUUUCUGUCAUUCCCAUUCUUUUUUUUUUUUGUUUAGAUAAUAAAGUUGUAUUUCAAAUAUCUCUAAGCAAGUGAAUUCUCAUGCAUUGUUAGAAAACUAUUUGAAGUGUCUUCUCUUCUUCAGUUAAAACUAAUCCUUGCUUGCCUACUGCACUUCUAACUCUAUUUCCUUUCUCUACGUUAUGCUCCUGUUACUAAAUCAAAGCUAACAGUUAACCUUCCAUUGAUUUCCUUAUGCAUAUAAUUAAAGCAUCUGAGCAAAGCUGAACUAACUGCCAGGUAAAACUAAAGCAGUGAACACUUGAGUGGUAAGUGGCAAGAUGACCAGAUAAGCAUAAAUUGACCCACGUGAGUGGGAAUGUUAGGGCUGUAGGGUGACCUGGGAGUGAAGCAUAGUUCAGUUUGCAUAUGCUACUUUCAGAUAUGGUGUCUCAACUUUAUAACUUCCAAUUGUAUCUUUUCCAACAUGCCUUCAUGGAGCUCUGUGUUGUUUCUUUUUAGUAGCCAGUAACAAAUGGCAGCUAGGUUUGUUAGAUGUCUAAAAGCUGUAUCUUUGCAUGGAACAUCAUUCAGUAGAGCUAUAGUUGAUAAAACUCUCUAAGCAUCGUAAAACUCACUAACUAGAAAACAGCUGUAGAUGAGCUAUAAAAAGCUCUUGGCUACAGAAAAGCAUAUUAACAAAAGCCACAUAUAUAUAAAUAUCUAGACUUUAUUGUAACUGCACCAGGUUCUUAAUUUGAAACUCUAGCUUAUUACAGCACAACUGGUGGAAAAUGUCUACUUUUAACACUAUCUUGUAGAAAUUAAUCUUGGUCAAUAUUAGUACUGCUAGUAAACAAAACUAAGUUUAAGAUACCAUUUUUCAGUAGUGUUUGAGUACAUGAAGCCUUGAACUCUUCAGUUUUGUAUUUUUGGUUUCUUAAUAAAGUGGAGCAUUUCAUUUA